AUGGCCACCUCUGCCCCCUCCUCGGAGCAUGUCAGGAAGCGGCAUGAGAUCUUUCACUGUCUCUAUGAAGGCCUACAAGGAGUGCCCAAACGGCUGCUGGGUGCAGUGGGGACCAAAGAGAAGCUGAUCAGAGAUUUUGAUGAAAAGCAACAGGAAGGAAACAAAAAGCUGGCAGAGAUGGAGGAGGAACUACAUUAUGCACCUCUAUCUUUCUGUAACCCCAUGAUGUCUAAGCUUCAAAACUACCAGAAGGGCCGGGGGACCUUGCCAAACUAUCAGGAGGUGAGAAGCACACCUUGGAGAGCCACACCUGGAGGCCGAGGAGACAUGAAAUAUGGCACACACACAUGUGCUGCAGAGAAUGAGCACGUGGACUGGCUACAAUCUCAAAGGGCAAUGCUUCUACAAGGCACUGGAAGACUGAUCCAGGCGACCCAAAGUACUGAACAUUCUCAUCAGACUGGCACAGAAACUGACCAGGUUGGCUCAGAAAUCACACAAGAACCAGAGGAACAAGACCAAUUAGAAAGUACCAAGACACAGCAAAGUGGGAAGUGCCUGAAAGCCAGAUCAGAUCCUGGCUUCAGCUGUGCAGACUUUUAG